AUCGUCCCGUUUCUUGUCAUCUUUAGACACCAGACACAGCCAUGGCGAACGUCAACGAAGUGAUCGAUCGUCAGAUCGACCCUAUGGGCCACAUCAACCCAGAUGUCCCUCCAUUGACCGAGAAGACGAAUGUCUUCAACGUUCACACGGACGCCGAUGGCAACCGGUCCUCCGGAUCCGAGCGGAACUUCGAUGAGAAGGCCGUCCACAACUACGUGGGCGAGCUCGAGAAGGAUGACUUCAGCGAGGAGUACCACAUCCAGGAUCCCUUCACACCAUUCGAGGAUCUGCCAGAUGAGCGCAAGGUUAUUGUCACUAUUCGUGCCCUCCUUGUCGGUUCCAUCUGUGGUGCCCUGGUCAACGCCUCGAACGUCUACCUCGGUCUCAAGACUGGUUGGACAUUCGGUGCCUCUCUUUUCGGAGCUAUCAUUGGAUUCGCUGUUUUGAAGCCUCUUGGCCGUGCUCUCCCAGAGAAGUUUCCAAUUUUCGGUGGAGACUUCGGUCCCCGUGAGAACAACAUUGUCCAGACUGUUGCGACCGCUGCCGGUGGUCUGAGCAGUGUGUUCAUCUCCGGUAUCCCUGCGCUGUACCAGCUUGGUCUCCUCGAGACUCCUAAGGAGGACUUCAGCCGUCUCAUCACCCUGACCAUCGUCGGGGCUUACUUUGGAUUCACCAUGUCCACUCCUCUCCGCAAGUUCUUCAUCAUCUACGUCGCCCGCGAGUUGAAGUUGAUCUUCCCGACGCCUGCCGCGACCGCCAUGACCAUCCGUGCUAUGCACAUGGCCGCCACUGGCGAGAACAUCGCCAAGCUGAAGAUGCGUGCUCUUGGUAUUGCUUUCUCCGGCGCUCUCGUCCUUCGUGUUGUCUCCCAGUACGCCACUGGUAUCAUCUGGGACUGGCACUUCUUCACCUGGAUCUACAUCUGGCAAGGAUAUAAGGGCAACGCUCUUGCUGCUGAGUCCUGGGGCUGGGUCCUUGAGUGGACUCCCGCUUUCAUCGGUGCCGGAAUGCUCGUUGGACCCAACCCGGCCGUGUCCUUCUACGCCGGAUCCGUUCUCGCCUGGGGUAUCAUCGGACCAUGCCUCGUUCACUACGGAGCAGCUUUCGGUCGUCAGCCAUACGCCGAUCCAGAGCUUGGUAUGGAGAAGUGGGCACCUCUCACCAACUUCAACUCUCUCGGUCUUGCGGCUUCCAACAAGGAGACUCCAAGCCCUCGUUUCUGGCUUCUGUGGCCUGGUGUUCUGAUGAUGAUUGUCGUCUCCUUUGUUGAGCUUGGUCUCCAGUACAAGGUUUUCGUCCACGUCAGCAAGGCCAUCUACCGCGGUACCUGCGCCGGCAUGAAUAAGGCCAUGACCAAGAUGGGCAAGCCUCAACCUGGCCUCGAGCGCCGUGGACACCAGGAGACGACCAACCUUGUCGAGGACUUCGCCGAGGACAGCCAGCUCGUCAAAUGGUGGAUGUGGGCACCUCUCCUCGUUUUGGUCGUUAUCAUGACGUGCGUCGUCAUGGCCGUCCAAUUCGAUAUGCCAGUGGGCAUGUCUAUCCUGUCCAUCUUCCUGGCCUUCUUCUUCUCUCUCCUCGCCGUUCAGUGCGCUGGUGUGACUGACAUCACUCCCCUUACCGCAGCCUCGAAGGCUUCUCAGAUCGUCCUCGGCGGCGCCACCAAGGGAGAAGGCUGGGCUCCUCGUCGUGCUCAGAAGCUCAACUUGCUCGGUGGUUCUUUGGCCUCGAUCGGUGCCAACCAGGCCUCCGACUUGGUCGGUGACUUCCGUGUUGGGUUCCUUCUCAAGACCAGCCCCAAGCAGCAGUGGCUGGCUCAAGGUCUCGGAACACUCGUGGCUUGCUUCUUGGCUCCGGCUCUUUUCAUCCUUUUCGCUCAGGCCUACCCAUGUAUCUUGGAUCCAGAGGCCGAGACCUGCCCUUUCAGCGCUCCAUCGGUCGCUGCUUGGCGUGCGGUCGCUGUCGCCAUGACCGACCCAACUUUCCCGGUCCCGACCAGCUCUGGCAUCUUCUCCAUCAUCUUUUCUAUCUUCGGCGCUGCAAUGAUCUGUGUGCGUCACUACGCAUACAACGGACGCUUCGAGAAGUACAAGGCGUACCACCCCAACAUGAUGUGCAUUGGUCUUGCCUUCGUCCUUCCCCAGACCUACUACGGAUUGGCCAUGAUGAUGGGUGCUCUUCCGGCCUGGUGGUGGGCCAAGAAGAAUCCGAAGAGCUUCGACAUUUACGGCUAUGCGAUUGCAGCAGGGCUCAUCGCAGGAGAGGGUAUCGGUGGUGUCGUCAAUGCUGUGUUCCAGAUCGCUGGCAUUGCUGGCCCGGAUCCAUAUGGCACCCAGAUUGGCUGCCCAGCUUUGUCGUGUUAA